UGAAAGAAUGAUAAAAUGAUAAGCUGGAGCAACUGCAGCAACUGCAAGAGAAAUCUUUUUGCUGGAGCUCAAUCUCAAAAAAAAAUAUCUCAUGGUUUUCAUGGAUCGUUCAGUUUGCGACUCAAUUUCGUUUCACUUGCGAUGCAACUACACUAAACACUCUGCGAUGCAACUACACUAAACACUCGUUUCACUUUGCGAUUCAAUUUCGAACCAUGAAAACCCUUAAAUUCAAUUUCGAAAACCCCUAAAUUCAACUACACUAAAUAUCUCAAGGUGUACCAUGAAAACCCCUAAAUUCAAUUUCGAACAAUCCUAAAUUCAUCUCUCUCGUUUCACUUUAGGAUUUGUAGUAGCAAGGAAAAGAAUUAUUAUAGCAUGUUAUAGAUGAGUUUGGUGGAUACAGAAUGCUCAGAGGAAGGUUCAUGUCUUCUUGAGCCUUCUGAUCCUGAUAUUAUUAAAACUGAUCCUACUUCUCAUUACCAUAGGUAUAAGGAAGUAAUCAACAAAAGAGCUUUCAAGACUGUUUUUAAGGCAUUUGAUGAAGGAAACAGACUCGAAGUUGGGUGGAGCCAAGUUUGAAUUGAUGAGGUAUUACAAUCAUUGGGCAAACUAGUGAGGCUGUAUUCAGAAGUGCAUCUAUUGAGGUCGUUGAAGCACAAUAACAUUGUAAGGUUCUAAAAUUCCUGGAUUGAUGACAAACACAAGAAUGUUAACAAGAUAGUUGCUCACCUCAUGGAGCCUCAAACAUUGGUUUGAUGCAUGAUUUAGGUACUGUAAGAAACACAAGAAGGUUGACAUGAGAGUAUUUGUUAAAUAUCGGACUCAGCAUAAGUGUUUCAUUGUCGCAACAUGUGAUCGUGACUUGAAGAGGAGAAUUCGGAAGAUUCCUGGUGUGCCAAUAAUGUACAUCACUAAAUAGGUCAAGAGUGUAAUAGGUAUGCUCAGCUAUAUUCAGUAAGUGGCAGAACUAGUCUUCAAUUCAUGUUGAAUAAGUAAGUUGCAACCUCUAGUAGCAAUUUUCUACAUCUUGAUUGUGUUAAUUGAAAAGCAAAGAACAUGUUAAAUAGUAAUGACAAUCUUCAUGAGCAAUGAACAUUCAUUUACAUUGAUUUCAAUCUUAGCUUUGCAUGGUCCACAAAUGAAAAAAUCACCUAAGCGUAUUGCAUAGAGAUGAUGGCUUUUUUCUUGAACUUUUCUUAUAUAUUUACAUAGAUACUUGAUUUUGAUCUUUAGAUUGUAACAGCUAAUUCUUCAGAUUUUACUGCUUGGACGUCUUUGAUUGAAGAGACAGAGAAGGUGGCAGAGAAACUUUUUAAUCGGGAUAUUGAACUGAGACUAAAGCACGAGCCUUCAAAUUGGUUUCUUGAGGCUAAGUACUUCAAACCCUAAUUUGUCAAUGGACAUUCUAGGUUUCUCAUGUGUUUGCAAAAGUUUAUUUUUUUAAAGUGCGAACGUUAUGCAUGCAGGUAUCUUCUAUUGUUCAUAAUCACCUGUCUCAAGCAAGGAGGGUCCCUCUUUUCAUAUUUGAGGGGCCUCUUUGUCCCGCUACGGAGUAUUUCUUAAGGCUUUGAAUUUUUUAAUGUUUUGAAUUUUUCUUUUAUGCUUGUGUUUCAUAUUGCCAGACUAUUUUGAUGAUGUGUUGUUUUGUUGUUUUGCCAAUUAGAUUGUCAAGUUGUAUGAGAGAUGUGUCAUUGCCUGUGCCAACUACCCUGAGUACUGGAUACGCUAUGUUUUGUGUAUGGAAGCUAGUGAAAGUAUGGAUCUUGCAAAUAACGUUCUUGCUCGGGCGAGCCAAGUUUUUGUCAAGAGACAACCAGAGAUACAUCUUUUUUGUGCUCGGUUCAGGGAGCAGGCCGGUGAUCUAGUGGGUGCUAGGGCUGCGUAUCAACUUGUGCACACUGAAAUUUCUCCAGGUCUUCUUGAAGCAAUAAUAAGGCAUGGCAAUAUGGAAUAUCGAUUGGGGAAGUUGGAAGAUGCCUUCUCAUUGUAUGAACAGGCCAUUGCCAUUGAGAAAGGAAAAGAACAUUCACAAACACUGCCAAUGUUGUUCGCUCAGUAUUCUCGAUUUGUUUAUUUGGCCUCUGGCAAUGCAGAAAAAGCUAGAGAGAUUUUAGUUGGGGGGCUUGAUAAUGCUACGCUGUCAAAGGCACUACUUGAGGCUUUUCUCUUCUGUGUCUUGCAGCUACCCUCUGUGGAUCUUUUGAAAUCUUCACGUUUUUUCUCUUUGGUGGUUUAAUGGUUUCUGGGUCUAUGUGAAUAGGUUGCAUAACCGCCAUUCGGAAUAUCAUUUCUCUCAUUGCUGUCAUUGAUGAACUCUUUUUCUCUAAUGAAGGGUAUGAAAAUGAUGAAGCAUUGUUUGGUUGAAGAGGAUAAGAAGAGAGUGGUGGAUUCAUCAAACAGAAUUCAUUUUGUGUUGGUGAGAUUGAGAUUGAGAUUGUUGCUGUUGGAGUUGGUGUUAUAAAAUGGUUGAUAUGUUGAUUCAGGAAACUUUUCCAUUUGCAUCAUCAUUGUCAUCAUGUGAUUCAUGGUACUUUCAUCAGUAGUUUCUAAGGUUUUCAAUAUGUCCUCAUUAUUAUCCAUGAAUAGAAUUUUCACGCUGUCCUAGGAUAAAAGGAGGAAUUGAGGGAAUGAAAGUACAGAGAAAAUAGAAGUCGGAGAAAUGGAGAAGAUGAGAAAAGUGAAAGUAGGUGCAAACGUGAGAGUAUGAAGUAAUAAAAUAGUGUUGAAGAGAGUACAGAAAGAAAGUGCAGGUUGGUAUGAUCUAUGUAACUUACUAACAACCAAAGCAAAAGCAAACAAUAUAUAUUCAUUUAUCUUUGUUAAA